UGUAACCUUUUUUGUAAUAGGACCACUUCCAAAUUGUAUACAGGGAAAUUCGAACCUAAAGCUCUUGGAAGAUAACCACUGCGGGACACAAAAAGAAAACAUAGCUCUUUGUACAGCGUGAUAACAACACUGACACAGGGGAUUGUACAUCAGUGGGCUUUAAGCUUGUGUUCGUAAAGAAAGAUGCCGCAUAAAACGCGUCCCAUGGCUGCACUUUUGUUAUUCACUGGACUAAAUGUUGUUUUGGUGUCAACGAUUACGCCUGUCUAUGAUUUUGUCUGCUUUAAUCCGUAUUGGGAACGGAGGAGGGAACGUCGACGAAUGGAGCGUGAAGCUAAGUUGGCAGAAGGUUCAAACAUCGGGAUGAACUGACAAUGAGGAUCCUUGCAAGCUCAUGAAAGUAAGUUCUAUUUUGGUGGCUAGUUAUGGUCCUUACUCCAUCUUGGCUGGUUGUAUCCUACCAUCCUUGUUCUUAUUUAAUUUCUGUCCCAAUUUGUUAUGUUGGUUGGCAAGUCGAAAAAAGAAAGUAUUUACAUGUUUUAGUAUAGGAGAGUACGAAUGUUUAUUGAAAUUGGGAUAUAGAUGUCGGAAUUGCUACCAACGAUAUUAAGUAAAGCUGUCACGUGUGAUCUUCUCCAUACGGUUGUUUUUGUAGUUAACAAAAAUGUUGACUACAAAAUGAGUUAGAUAUUGAAAAAGAUAACGAUGCUGUAGAUCUUUUUCUAAUAAAGUGAUACAGGUUCCUAAGGAAACACCGUUCUGUA